UGGAACUGAACUGCCCAUUCGCUUGCGUCAGUAUUCGAUGAGAGAUGAAAUAGAAAGUAAAGCACCUGCUAUCUUUGGCAUCAGGGCCUUUAAAUCAGAAAGAGAAAGAGAGUUAGUGAGGGGGAGAGAGACCGAGUGAGAGAGAGCGAGAGAGAGAGAGAGAGAGAGAGAGAGAGAGAGAGAGAGAGAUAUGCAGUAAAAAGAAGAGGACCUGGCUACAACAGCACAUCACGCACACUGUAAAAUGCUAUUAGCCUACUAUACAAGGACUCAAUAAUCAAUGUAUUUACUUACAAGUGUUACAUGCGGGCAUAUGUAAAUCCGCAUAAUCACAACGGAUCUGGGAAAGUAAGCUUAAGGUCUCCUAGGAAACAGAAGAAGAGAGGAAUCCUAACCCCCACCAAGAGGCUCAACAUGCCGGAGCAGAGCAAUGACUACCGUGUGGUGGUGUUUGGGGCCGGCGGGGUGGGCAAGAGCUCCCUGGUCCUCCGCUUCGUCAAGGGCACCUUCCGGGACACCUACAUUCCCACCGUGGAGGACACUUACCGCCAGGUGAUCAGCUGUGACAAGAGUGUGUGCACCCUCCAGAUCACCGACACCACGGGCAGUCACCAGUUUCCCGCCAUGCAGCGCCUGUCCAUCUCCAAGGGCCACGCCUUCAUCCUGGUCUACUCCGUCACCAGCCGCCAGUCCCUGGAGGAGCUCAAGCCCAUCUACCAGCAGGUGCUGGCCAUCAAGGACAGCGUGGAUGCCAUCCCUGUCAUGCUGGUGGGCAACAAGAGUGACGAAACCCUGCGUGAGGUGGAGACCAAGGAGGGCGAGGCGCAGGCGGCAGCAUGGAAGUGUGCCUUCAUGGAAACCUCGGCCAAGAUGAACUACAACGUCAAAGAGCUCUUCCAGGAGCUGCUCACCCUGGAGAAGAAGAGGAACAUGAGUCUGAGCAUCGAUGGCAAGCGCUCCGGCAAGCAGAAGCGUGCCGACAAGCUCAAGGGCAAGUGCAGUAUCAUGUAGGGAGGGAGAGGUGAUGCCUGACCCCUAGAAGGAAAGACUGGGGUUGGGGAGGGUGGUGAUGGUGGUGCAAAGUGUAGGUGUUCUUAAAGAGACUCACUUCGAGGAAUGGCGGGAAGGUGGGGGUGGGAUGGGGCUCGUCUGAGAGGGAUUUUUUCAUCCCGAAAGAGGUAACCCCCACACCUCCCCAUACUUCAUACCACUACCCCCCCCAUCUAGCUCAUUGGUUUUGAUUUGGAGCUUCACCUCUCCAUUAAAAAACCGAUGCCAUUGAAGGCCGAAUGGAAAAGAUUGGGACACAAGAGGCUAUUCAAGUUCAAAGAGAAGAUCAAGCCUUGAUGCAAUUCUACUCUGAUGGGAAAAAUGAAAGAAUAUGGAGCCCUGACAAUUGAUAUACUCUCAAGUUCAGGGCAUUAUUACAAACUCAGUGCCCAUUUCAAUAUUAUUCACCCCACUUCCGCCCUCUUUUCCUAUAGCUGUCUCUCUCCUGCUAAUAUGAGACACCCUGCAAACAAUUAUGAUUCAGGAGUAACAUUAAAACAGAAUAAUAUGCCCCACCAAAAUUAGACAACUGUACUGAAAAUCCAAACUCAAAUUGAUGAAAUAAGUAAUUUAAAUAAAUGAGAGAAUAGUCAGAUUAACUCAGUGACAUCCUGAGAAUUUACAGGGAACUAGACAAAGGUCCCACAGAGUACGUUCCCUUGGGACCAUCACACAACGUUCUUAGAACGUUCUCAGAACGUCAGAGGGAUAACGUCAAGCCGAAACCCUUAAGGGACCUAAAGGAACAUCCCUGAAUGUCCUCAGGAUGUCCCCUGUUUGCUGGGCAGCCACCUGACUCCUAUGAUUGGAAAGGUAAUAAAGUGGAAUUGCAGGAGAUGAGAGAGGUAUCAAGUUUAAUGUUAGAGUAAUGGAAACACGACUUUCAUCAAUUCAAAUAGAUGUCCAUAAGCACAUGUUGGUCUUUCGCCUUCAGUAUCUCCAUGUCAACCUGUAACCUGGCGAAUGGAUGGGAUUUGAGAACUAGAUAUUGCCAUCAAUAAAGUUGUGAUUUGAAAGUUAUUAAUACAUUAUACUGUAUAUUGUAAGUACAGGUUAGGCCUAUCAAAGGUUGCUAAUUAACAGUAGCAUGCGACUGUGAGUGUAGAUAAAUAUGGAAAAAAUAGCUACGAGUGGUCUCUGUAUUUUGCUUUACAUUUGACGUGACAUUUUGUAUAAUUUCAUAAUCAAAGUGAGCUUUAGCUAAACAAAGCACAAACAGAACAAAAGCAACAAGCAGACAAAGCACGUUUGAAAUGUAAAUGUUUUUGAAUAAAUGUAUUUAAUCUCUAUAGCACAAAUGUUUGGACCCUCAUACCAUUAAUUUAGGUGUCUAUGUCAAUGUUGAUUUUACCUUCGAUAAAAAUCUUUGAUGGAUUUUUAUUUUAUUUUUGACAAUCCACUGUUAUUAAUAUACUGUGUGCUCUGUAAAUAAUAUAUUUUUACGCUCCAAAUGCUCAUAUUGUCUUGCUUUGCCCCCCAUUAUUUUUUCCAAUCCCAAAAUCCCAUACCCCUGCUUUAGCAAUAUGAGAUGACAGCACUUUGAGGAUUUGGCGCACAGUGACAUUUGAUAUUUUGGUAAACCCUUUGAUGUGCUCUGGUUGCAUCACACUCUCUGCUAAAUAAAGACAAGUAAAUGUACAUAUAA